AUGUCAUAUGGUAACAAAUUCCCCACCUCGAUUGGCGCUCUCAAGAGCAACGUGAGGAUGGGAUAUUGUCUGAAGGGCAGAUUGCGGGAAUCGACAACAACCACUUCAAAGGAAUCAAGAAUCAUGAGCUUUAUGCAAAAGAAGAUGUCAUCGGUCGCUCAUAAAAGGAGAAUCUUAACCUACGCUACCCUAUCCAUCUCGGGAGGGAUGUCUUGGAAUCAGGAAACCAACAACAACAACCUCGAAGGAAUCAAGACUUAUGAGGUGUAUAUGCAUAAGAACAGAGAUGUCAUCGAUCGCUCAUAA